UAAAAAAUGAAAAAUAAUAAUAAUCAUAAUAAUAUCCCUUAUGUUGUAUGGGCAAUGCCUUAAUUUGAAUCAUGUCAUACUUUUUGACGUGACAAAUUAAGGUCAUUAUUUUUGUUUCACAUUUUUCUAUUGCUCUUUUAGAAUAACUUGAUAUCAAUUUUGAGCUUUUUGGUGUCAUCAAAGCCGCAAAACACAUUGAAAUGAAUGGGAGAUAUUUCGUUUGUUCCACGGACCUAUUAAAGAAGAAAAGUUCCCACGGUUGGUCUGCGGCCAUUUUGAACCGCUGCGUUACGUUGCAGCCCCACGUCCUCUUUUAAACCGACGCGACGAAGGUGUGGGCGUGGUUAGCGCAUUGCCUCCCUAUUACAUGAAUUACCAUGUGCUUGAAACUACCCUAUUAGUUCUGAUGUAAGAUUAAUGAUAUGCUGAUAAUUGUGAAUUUUGGAAUUACCUUAAACUGGCAUGAGCAAUUCCAUAAUUGUUUCGCCCGCAUGCGACUCGAACCAGAAACAAAACAGGAGGUGUCAUAAUCCUAACUAGGCUCCAAAGGCAGGAUGGCAGAAUCAACAAUGCGCCGACACGUUUUUGUGUACUGGCCGAAUAUUAUCGGAUACAUUAGGAUUGUCCUUGUAUCUAUCUCUUGGGUAGUCUUCAAGAGACCAGCUUUUUUUAUUCCGCUGUAUUCAAUCUCCAUACUGCUUGAUGGUGUGGACGGCUGGGUAGCCAGGAGGCUGGAGCAGACGUCCAGGUUUGGGGCUUGGCUGGAUGUGGUAGUGGACAAUCUAAGCAGAGGAAUGCUGUGGAGCAUGUUGUUCGAGUGGGGUUGGUUGGUGACUGCAGUAGAGUGGUGUGUGUUUGUAUGUAACCACAGUGCCAGAGGUGCAGACUGGAAAAGCAGCUUCACAACUAGUCCAUAUUUAGUGAGAUCAAUCAUGGCAAAAGGUAAGGCAUUCAACGUUACUUUUGUAUGUUUAACAGAUAACCUAAAUACAAGCACAAGAAGCAGUUUUGUUUUUCUAUGUCUUCAAGGGUUUAAGACCCCUCUGGGCGCUUGGGUGAUCAUUGGAAUACACUGCUUACCACUGUGGCUUUAUGGUCAUCGCUGGGGACUCCUGUCGGCACCCCUCGGCUUGCCCCCCUUGAUCCAAACUUUAGGGACUCUGGGGUUGACAGCUGGACGGCUGUUGGGCUUGGUGGCAGAGGUAUGGUGUAUAUGGGUACAUAUCAAACAUCUCAUCGAUGACGAGAUAGAGAAGAAAAGCUGAAAACAUUGCAAGCAAGCUGUCACCUUAUAUUACUUAUUUACGCUGUAUAUUUAUGUUAAAAAUAUAUAUUUUUUGAAUGUUUCUUUAUAUGAAUUGAUGAAAACGCUGCGUAUUUACUAUGAGCGAUGGCCGAAGAAAACUGACCAAUGUGUAACCAGUUGUUACAUGCCUUGCCAGUAGCCCUUGAGUUCAUGGUCGUGUCUUUUUUUCCAUCCGUCUUCCCACAGGUACCUCCCCUCCUUACAUUCCUGAUUGUAACCAGGUUUAUGAAUGUCUGCACCCCAGGAAUGUCUCAAUUUCCUUCUGACUUUCUUUUUUUUCCUUUGGAUUUUUUUGUUUUCCUGUUUUCUACCUCCAUCCGCCAGGUAGGGGAUGGAUGCAACCAGUGUAUGUUUUGUUUUACUGUCUCAAGCUAGGCCAUUCAGGGUUUUGGUUAUUACUUACCCUUCCCUUUGUUUCCCUCACAAAUAAAUGUCCUUAUACUUUUCAGUUGUCUCUUCAAUGUUUUCCAUCUCUGGUUGUUGCAUUAGUUCCUUUAGCUUAGACCCUUUAGAAUAAUGUUU